CAGGCAAGUAAAGGGAGGUAUUGUAUGAGACCGUCUUGCAGUCAUCGCUGAGGGCAACAUCACAGAAGUAUACAUCGGACUGUGCUGCACGAAGGCUAGCAUUAGCUGGCUUUAAUUUAUGGAAAACGAAGAAGCACACUUUAAAAGUGGCAAAGCAACGCAGUGAAUCAUGCAUCUGCUAUGAAUGACUCAGGACAACAUUUGGGGCUUUGUUCGGUGCUGUCCGGGCCACCUGGAGGAUUAGGGAGGACAUCAACUGAAGCAUUUAGUCGUUCCUGACUUCCCGAACGCCCUGACUGGUGUUGUACCUGGAGGUGUGGACGACAUGGCCAGUCCACAGCAGACUGAUCUGUCAUAUGCGUGGGAAAAGUACAUGGAUUGCAGACUGCAAGGAGCGGAUCUGCAGCGCCCUGGUGUGCAGUGACACCCACCCACCCACCCACCCUCCCUGACCCUGGUCAGCCUUCAGGGUCUGGAGAAUUUCCUCUGUCUCUUCCACUAUGUGCAGCAUCACCCCAACAACAGUAAAGAUGCACUGAAAUUCUGCUCAGACAUGAGUGGGGCCAGCAACACACUGGCGAGAGAGUUCCUGACUGAUGUACAUCAACUAUGCAGUGCGGUCGCCCAGAGAGCGGAGGCACGAGAGGAAGAUGAGGAGGAGAGUCACAUGGUGGCACUGGGAGAAUACCUGGUCAGGGGACGGGGCUUCCUGUUGCUCAGCACCCUGGACUCCAUCAUUGACCAGGAAUUGACCUGCCGGGAGGAGCUUCUCACUUUGCUGCUGUCUCUGCUACCACUGGUCUGGAAGAUCCCUGUGCAGGAGGAAAAAGCCCCAGAUUUCACCCUGCCGUCCCUACUGGAGGUAUUCCUUAGCCGGGAGGUGAAGGCGGCCACUCUCAGAGCAGGACAGAAGGCUGCGACAGAUGAACAGAACCCUGGAAAGAGGUCCCGUGUUGGCAGUGGCACCUGGAAGUCACGGAGGUCACGCAGGACAGCGCAGAGAUACUCUCUAAAGGAUGCUCGGAAGUCCCAGGUUUCUACCUCAGAUUCGGAAGCCAACCCUGAAGACAAAGCUGUCCCAGGCCCCGGUGGUGCAAGGAGCCGAAGGUCACAUGGCUCCACCAUCCGGGUAAGCUGUCAGCAUCAUCAUCAUCGUUCAGAGGCCUCACUGUUCACAUCCACCGCUACCACCCCCACAGAAACCAUGAGUACACUAUAUCCGAGCCCCCGAGCCCCAGGGUCCCAGAUGGUGGACACUGAAACCCUGACAGACCCAGCUGCAAUAUCAAUUUUCAACCGCAUGGAGAACUCGCCCUUUGAUCUCUGCCAUGUGUUACUUUCCCUGCUGGAGAAGGUUUGUAAGUUUGACAUGAGCAUCAACCAUAACCCUGGCCUUGCAGUUAGCGUCGUACCUACUCUCACUGAGAUCCUGACUGAGUUUGGAGAUUGCUGUGGUCCAGGAGGAGGGGGUGGAGGUGGAACGGGGGCAGAGGAGCUAGCUGGAGGCUGGACGGAAGAGCCCAUCGCACUGGUCCAGAGGAUGCUUCUACGCACCAUCCUGCACCUGAUGUCAGUGGAUGUGAGUCAGAGUGAAACCCUCCCAGAUAGCCUCAGACGCAGCCUGACAGACCUGCUCAGAGCCACCCUCAAAAUCCGGAGCUGUUUGGACAGACAGAAUGACCCUUUUGCUCCUCGGCCUAAGAAGACCCUGCAGGAGGUCCAGGACGACUUUUCGUUCUCCCGCUAUCGCCACAGGGCACUACUGCUGCCAGAGCUUCUGGAGGGAGUACUACAAGUGCUUCUGGGUUGCCUGCAGGCUUCCACACCCAACCCCUUUUUCUUCAGCCAGGCGCUGGAGCUCAUCCAUGAGUUUGUCCAGCACCGUGGUCUGGAGCUGUUCGAGGCUACAGUGCUGCGGCUGGAAGGACUUGGCAGGGCCAGGGAUUCUGAGGUGGGAGGUGAGGUUUCAGAGAGGCUACGAGGUCUCAUUGCAGGAGUCUUCAAGAUCAUCAGUGCUGUCAAGAAGGCAAAGUCAGAGCAGCUGCAUCAGUCUGUGUGCGCCAGACGCCGCCACCGUCGCUGUGAAUAUUCCCACUUCCUGCAUCACCACAGAGACCUGUCAGGUUUGCCCGUCUCUGCUUUCAAGCAGGCUGCUAGACGCAACCCCUUUGAAGAAGACGGAGAAGGCAAGGAAGGGAUGGAUGGUGAUGCGGUGCGUUACCCCGAGCGCUGCUGCUGCCUGGCUGCCUGUGCUCACCAAUGUCUGAGGCUCUUGCAGCGACUGUCUCCCAGUGGGCCAGCUGUGUUGCAGGUACUAGCUGGGGUGCAGGCUGUUGGAAUCUGCUGUUGUAUGGACCCCUGCUCAGUUGUAGGACCCCUGCUGCAUGCCUUUCAAGCUCCAGGUCUGCGUAGUUACCAGUCUCAUAUUCUCAGUGUCCUGGGCCGACUGAUCCUAGACCAGCUUGGUGGUGGACAACCUUCAGAGAAAGCCAAGCUGGCCUCCUGUAACAUCUGCACGCUAGACAGCAGCCAGCUGCCAGGCCUGGAGGAGACACUGCAGCACGGGGAACCUUCGGCCGUUUCUACCAGUCUGUGCUACCGCUCCCAGGGGAUUCUGCCAAGUGGAGGUGGGGCAGAGGACAUGCUGUGGAAGUGGGAUGCUCUGGAGGCCUAUCAAGAGCUUGUGUUUGGUGAGGACUGGCAGUUGAGCCAGCAGAUAGCUGGCCAUGUGUGCCACCUGACCCUGCGGGGCAAUGCCAUAGUGCAGUGGCAGCUCUACACGCACAUCUUCAACCCUGUGCUGCAGAGAGGGGUCGAGCUGGCCCACCACGCCCAGCAGCUGGGGGUCUCCACGGUCUGUACUCAGGUUUGCAGCUAUCACAUGCAGUGCCUUCCUGUGGAGGUACUACUCAUCUACCUGCAAACGUUACCCGCCCUUCUUAAAUCAAGGGUGAUCAGAGACCUUUUCCUCAGUUGUAACGGGUUAAAUCAGGUGACAGAGCUCGUCCACCUCGACCAGACGCGCUCUUUGGCCUUGAAGGUGUUUGAGACUCUGAUAAUAGGCGUUGGACACCAGCAGGCUGACGGGGUGCUUCAGGAGCUGGAGAGUGCCGAUGCUGAAGAAAGGGAGGCCGUCUUGGGCCUGGCUGAGGAGCUGGGGUCCCGAGGGGCUGGAGAGGGCCCGCAGAGCCUUAGCAAGUUCUACGAAGGCCUAAAGGAGGCAUAUCCCCGGCAUAAGAGCCGCAGUGGGCAGGGACGUGGACCGGGGGGCAGCCGAGCAGAGACCCACCUCCACGUUAUCAACCUCUUCUUAUGCGUGGCCUUCCUCUGUGUCAGCAAAGAGGCCGAUUCUGACCGGGACUCAGCCAACGACUCCGAGGACACUUCAGGUUAUGACAGCACAGCCAGUGAACCUCUUGGCGGGCGACUGCCUUACCUGUCCCCAGAUAGCGUGGCUCUGCCCUCCAAAGAGCAGGUGCGAUGCGCUGCAGAUGUUUGGUCAGUGUGUCGGUGGAUCUACUUGGCCAGCCCCUUGUUUCAGAGGCAGUUCUUCAGGCUAGGAGGACUGGAUGUCUGCUUGCGCCUCAUGGCCAUGGUUAUUCAGAAACUUUCCUGUAAGACCAAGGAGGGGAAAGCAAAGAAGAAGAGGGAUGGUAAGGGCAAAGCCAGCCCUGAGUCCACAGCAACAUUACUCGGACCAGAGGAGACCACUCAUGAUCCAGCCGACGCCCUCUGCACUGCUCCAGCUGAGGGAAAGACCAAAGAUCCAGCAAAGAAGCUGGAGGAAGAAUGGCAACUACAAAGCAUUCGUCUCCUUGAGGCCUUGCUGGCUAUUUGUCUGCACAGCGCUAACUCGGCCCUUCAGAGGAUAGAGCCGGAGCUUUCUCAUCAGCUCCAGUCAGUGGAAGAGACGCUGUUUGAGGUGAGAGACCAGCUGUCUCGCUCAGGGGUGGUGAACUCCGACCUUGCUGUUCCUCUGUUUGACUCUCUCCUGAGAGUAGCCCUGGCAGAGGUGUCAUCCUGUCCUGACCCCCCUGAGGAGAAGCCAGACAGGGUGAGUCCUGCCUUGGGAGAAACUAAGCUCCAGGUGUUGACGGAGGGGGUGGCCCCAGCAGGCGAUCUCUCUGAAGAAGUGGACGAGGUGCAGAGCUGUGGCGUCAAGCCCCCGGGGGAGGAGGAGGGCUACGACGCUGACAGCGAAAGCAACCCUGAAGACAUGGCCAAGCAGGAGGAGGGAUUGAAGGUGGAGGCUGCUGUGCUGCGUGAGUUUGUGGCGGUGGCGGACGGUCCCCAGCGUGGCGUGCUGCUGUUCCCCGAGAUCUGCACGAUGGAGCUGAAGCUACUCGCCACCGGCUCCCCAGACCUGGAGGUUCUGAGUCACGUGUUUCACAGCCUGCUGGGAGCGGUACACGCUAACCACCGCAAUGCUGCCCUGCUCUAUGACCAGGGAGGAGUCAAAACCAUCCUGUCUGGCUUUCACAACAUCCUCAGUCAAACAGACCCCUCCUUUACAGAUUGCCAGACGGUGCUAGUGGAGCUGCUGGUUGCCAUGGUGAGCCAGCAAAUCACGGCGGAGGAACUGGCUCUGUUGAUUCGCCUCUUCCUGGAGAAGACCCCACCUACUGAGAUUUUACUGAAAGGCAUCCUACAAAUCGUUGAAGCCAACGUGAAUAUAGAACCACUUCACUUCCUCACUUUUCCAAUAGUCCUUGGUGCUUCGACCCCAGGAGGGCUGUCCGCUGUCUCCAGACAGAACGGUGCUGCCGGAGGAAAAAGUGUUGGUUUGCUCUGGAAGGGCAAACUGUCUCCUGGCCGCAGGGAGGGGGAUACAGAGUACGGACCGAGCCACCUCCAUUCCUCUCCUUGGUACAUUGCUCCUCUCCACUUGCCCCUGGUGGGGCAGAACUGCUGGCCGCACAUGGCUAGCGGCUUCAGUGCCUCUAUGUGGCUGAGAGUGGCAGAGCAGGAGGAGAAGGAUGGCGACAAAGACAAGGAAGAGAGUAACCCCCCCGCAGCUGAUUCCCACCUUGGCUCCUCUCAGGCUGGAACAAGAUUAGUAGAGGAAGGUCUCAUUCAUAUUCUGUCCAUGGGCUCCAAGGCACUGAUGCUUCAAGUGUGGGCAGACUUCUCUACAGGCUCCCUCACAUUCAGGAUUUGUAUAGACCCAAAUGAUGAGAUAAAAGCAGGGCUGCUGGCGCAGGCAGACUCUGGUGGGGAACUGUUCAGAGCGGGCCAGUGGCAGCACCUCGGCCUCACUUACACCCAGCAGCCAGAGGGCAAGAAGAACAUCCACGGCCGCAUGGUGGUCUGGGUGUGUGGCAUCAGGAAAUGUGAGGUUUCUUUGGACUACACAAUACCAAGAAAGUCGAGUUUAUCAUCUGACAGCAACAAAACCUUCUGCAUGUUGGGCCACUGCACGGCGUCCUCUGAGGAUCUGUUGAAGCAGGGUGGACGCUGGAGCAUGGGCACUGUGCUUCUCUUCAAUGGGUCUAGAAUCGGAUCUGAGGAGGCCCUCUACCUGUACACCAGCGGGCCUGACCUCACCUCCAUCAUGCCCUGCAAAUAUGGCAAGCCCAGCGGGACAAUCUCCAAGUUUGUUACUCUGGAAGGCCUGAAGUGUGAGCACAUACGAGAGCUUCUGAUGAAGAAUAAGGAUGUGGACACAACAGCUUUGGUUGAGAGCUUGGCAGUAGUGUAUGCUCCCAGCAGUCCUAGAGUCUACACAAUCUAUGAGCCUGUAAUCAGAAUGAAGGGUCAGGCCAAGACGGUCGUCACCCAGCGGCCGUUCAGCUCCAAGGAGGCGCAGAGUGUUUCACUGGAGCCGAACUCUCUUAGAGCUCUGCUCCCCACCGAAACACAUGGCCUGCAGAGCGUCCUGCACAAGAUCGGAGGAACGGGGAAUUUUGUCUUCCUCUUUGCACAGACGGUGGAGCUGAGUGACUGUGAGAAGACCCAGGCUCUAGCCCUGCGGGUGCUGCUGUCUUUGUCCAAGUUUAACCAACACCGCAUCCAUGAAAUGGACUGUUACCAUGGUUACUCUAUGAUCCACCAGGUCCUCAUUAAGUCCAAAUGCAUCGUGGGAUAUCAUAUGCUGAAAACUUUACUGGAUGGAUGUUGCAGUGCGCCCAUCCUCAUCCUGGGGGACGACGGGCAGUUCCAUUUGGACACGGAGUCGAUCGCUGUGGUGCAGGAUAUCAGGCUCCUCUCAGACGUCCUGCUGGACUGGAAGAUCUGGGCAAAGGCUGAGUGUGGAGUGUGGGAAACGCUGCUUGCUGCCUUAGAGAUCCUCAUCAGAGUGCACCACCCUCAUCAGGUCUUCAACAUCCGUCAGUUCCUCAAGGCUGAGAUCGUGCACCGCUUCCUGCUCACCUGCCAGGUGUUACAGGAGCAUCGGGACGAGCAUCUCACUGCCAUCCCACAGGAAGUCUGUCUGUCGUUCGUCAAAAUCAUCCAGGAGGUGCUCGGGUCUCCCCCCGACAUGGACCUGCUGAAACUCAUCUACAACUUCCUGCUGGCUGUCCACCCGCCUACCAACACCUACGUCUGCCACACUCCAUCCAGCUUCUACUUCUCACUACACAUAGAUGGAAAGCUGUACCAGGAGAAGGUGCAGUCCAUUAUGUAUCUGAGACACUCCAACAGUGGAGGAAAGUCUGCCAGCAGCUCUGUGGUGUCGCUCUCCCCAAUAGUCUUCACUGAUGCUCCCCAUGAAGGCCACCUCCUCGGUCCUUCCCUUGAACAUGGAGGUGAUGAUCAGUCGCUACGCCCACCUAGCUUGGCGCCGUCGCCAUACUCGUCCCCUCUACUGACACCUCGACUCGGACACGGUGGCUCAAAUGAGGCAGGCGAAGGUAACGGGUUCUCCCUCGCCACUCAGCAGGCUCUUGGGAGCACAGAGACGCUCAAGAAGGGCGGAGGCGACGAGCAGCUCCUGAGCAGUUGUGAAUCAGCCAAGACGAUCUGUGAGUCUAAGGACAUAGGGGAAGGACGAGCCCUGCGCACUCCUUCCAUCAGCGUGGAGGAGGAGCGGGACGAGGCGGCGGAGGUGGACAGCCUAGCUGAGGGCAGCGUUGGGGUUGCAGAGUCUGAGGACAGGUUCGACUGGGCCAGUGACGAAGUGCCGCGCCGCCCCGACAGCUUGAAAGGCAUCCAAUCCUUCCAGAGGAGCCACAGCAAUCUGGCCAGUCUGGGCCUCGCCUUCCCAGCUCCAAAUGGCUCGUUGGCAAUCGGUCGCUGGCCCAAUUCGGCUGAACGAAGCUCCAUGCCUGAAGACUGGGAGAGCUACACCUACUCUCCUGGCUACGAGAGGGCGCACAGCAAGACUGAGUCCAAUGACAGGUCCUGCACCGAGGACUGCCUGGUGCUGAUCUGCUGUGGACUCUACGAUCUCCUGAGGGGCAUCUUGCUGCUGUUGCCUGACCUCAUGCUCGAGGAGGUGAUGGACAAGCUCAUCCAGCCAGAGGCACUCAUUGUCCUGGUCAACCACUCGUCACCUCUCAUCCAACAAGGCGUCAUGAAGCUGCUGGAUGCAUAUUUCAGCAGAGCCCUCAAGGAGCAGAAGGAGAAGUUUCUGAAGAACCACGGCUUCUCACUUCUGGCCAAUCAGCUGUACAUCCACCAGGGCAGCCAGGGGCUCCUGGAAUGCUUCUUGGAGAUGCUAUUCGGACGGCCGGUGGGCCUGGAGGAAGACCUGGACCUGGAGGAAAUGGAAAAUAUCUCACCCUUCAGAAAGCGCUGUAUCAUCCCAGUGUUGGGUCUUAUUGAGAACUCCCUGUAUGAGAACUCCCUGGUGCACAACAUCCUGUGUAUGCUGCUGCAGCUCCUCAACGCCUGCCCCAAGUUGGCAGACAUCCUGCUAGACCACGGGCUGCUCUACGUGCUCUUUAACACCCUCUCCACCCUCAACGGCAUGGAGAACGGUAUUCCCCUGAAUGACUACAAGCUCCUUGUGUGUGACAUUCAGCAGCUGUUAGUAGCUGUGACCAUCCACUCCUGCAGCUCUUCAGGGUCCCAGUACUUUCGCAUCAUUGAAGACCUCAUUACCUUGCUGGGUUUCAUGCAGACCAGCAAGAUGCGUCGCACACAGGAGAUGGCUGUGGCUUUGCAGUUCCGCGUCCUUCAGUCAGCGAUUGAGUUCAUAAAGACGACGGCUAAUCAGGAACCUCAGAAGCUGAGCAGCUCUGUCAAUACGCCGAGCUCUCCGCAUCAUGCCAUCUAUCAGAAGCGCAAGAGCAUCGCUGGUUCCAUUGCCAUGAAAGACUCCAUUAUCCCCCGCAUCCCCAGACAGCACUACUGCUCCUAUGGCCAGAUCCCCCUCUCCCCUCCCUUCAGCUUCCUGUCCCAGGACUCCCCCCUCCCCUCCCCCUCUGGAGCUCCAUCCUACAUGCUCCACUGUGACGCAGGCCGGCGCCGGUUCUCUCUGGCCCAGACCGACUCUCUCCUGAUGCGGAUGCGCUCCGUAGCCAGCGAUGAGCUCAACCAGAUGAUGCAAAGGAGGAUGAGCCAGGAAAACCCCAUCCGUGCCAGCGAGACUGAGUUUGUCCAACGGCUGCAGAGGCUUGUGGUUCUUGCCGUCAACAGACUCAUUUACCAUGAUGUGAGCGAGGACUUAUUUGACCUGCUGAAUAUUCCUGACUGUCCAGACCAUACGUUUUUAACGCCAGAUCCAGGUGAUCAACCGCAGGACGAUGGUGGCUUCGCCUCCCUCCCACACUCUCCCAUUCCCUUCACCCUGCCGCCUGCCAGCAAGAAGAGCUUUCAGAAAGACAUUCUCAAACUCAUGAUGGACGGGAUCAAAAUCAGCCUGGGUAGCACGGGUCGAGGAGGAGCCCCGCAUCAGCAGUGGCGGAGGAUCCUAUGGUCGUGUCGGGACACUUUUCGGGUCCAGAUCGGCCGCCUUCUUGUGCACACGCUCCGCCCUGCGCUUCCCUUGUGUGACAGGAAGGAGUCGCUGGAGUUUGUGUUUGAUCCAAGACAUUUGGACAUCCUCAAGGAGAGCCUCAGCCCGGGUCUAGAGCAUGGUCCAAAGUUGUCACUGUACCUGUACGAGAUGCUGCAUGAUCACAAGGACAGCCUCACCAAAGACGAGCAGAACGCUGUGGGUGUAUUCAUGACCUCGCUCAAGCUUUGUGGCCAUCGCUGCAUCCCUCCCAACACUCCACACAAACAAGACUUGCUCAAGGCUAUAAAAGAGGAAAAAUUAAAAUAUGAAGCAGAGGAGAAAACGAGCAAAGCGGCAUGGGAAAAGAAAAUGACCAACACUCAGAGGAAUCUUAUCCAGAGGCUGGAUGGAAAGUCCAAGGACAUUUCAAAGAUUGCAGCUGACAUCACACAGAAUGUGUCUCUGCAACAAGGUAUGGAGAGAAAGAAAGUCAUCCAGCACAUCAGGGGACUCUAUAAGACUGACCUCAGCGCCAGCCGACACUGGCAGGAGCUGGUGCAACAACUCACACAUGACCGGGCGGUUUGGUACGACCAGACAUCCUACCCAACGUCCUGGCAGCUGGACCCCACCGAAGGGCCGAACCGGGAGCGACGGCGGCUACAGAGAUGCUACCUCACCAUUCCUAACAAAUACCUGCUCAAAGACAGACGUAAGGCUGAAGACACAGUUAAGCCACCAUUGUCCUUCCUGUUUGAGGACAAGACCCACUCCUCCUUCUCCUCCACUGUCAAAGACAAAGCCACCAGCGAGCCCAUCAGGUUCACCAGACGGUGCAUCAGCGUCGCCCCCUCCAGAGAGACCGCAGGGGAGCUGCUGCUGGGAAAGUCUGGCAUGUACUUUGUGGAGGACAACGCUGCUGAUGCCCAUGACAACCAGAGCCUUCAUGGGGAGACCGAGGCCCCCUCUUUCUCCUGGACGUACGAGGAGAUCAAGGAGGUGCACAAACGCUGGUGGCAGCUGAGAGACAAUGCUGUGGAGAUAUUCCUCACCAACGGCAGGACGCUGCUGUUAGCCUUUGACAACACCAAGUUCCGUGACGACGUCUACCACAACAUCCUGACCUCUGAUCUGCCCAACCUGCUGGAGCACGGAAACAUCACGGCGCUCACUCAGCUGUGGGGCUCGGGUCAGAUCUCUAACUUCGAGUACCUCACGCACCUCAACAAGCAUGCAGGCCGCUCCUUCAAUGACCUCAUGCAGUACCCGGUGUUCCCCUUCAUCCUGCGAGAUUACAUCAGUGAGACGAUCGACCUGCAGGACCCAAACAUCUACAGAAAUUUAAUCAAACCCAUCGCAGUCCAGUCAAAAGAGAAAGAAGAUCGCUACGUGGAUAAUUACAAGUACCUUGAGGAGGAGUACAAGAAGGGCAUCCGUGAGGACGACCCCAUGCCUCCUGUCCAGCCUUACCACUACGGCUCACACUACUCCAACAGCGGCACGGUGCUGCACUUCCUGGUUCGAAUGCCUCCUUUCACCAAGAUGUUCCUCUCAUACCAGGACCAGAGCUUUGAUAUCCCGGACCGGACGUUUCACUCCAUGAACACCACGUGGCGCCUGUCCUCCUUCGAGUCUAUGACUGACGUGAAAGAGCUCAUCCCGGAAUUUUUCUACCUCCCAGAAUUCCUCGUCAACAGAGAGGGUUUUGAUUUUGGUGUUCGUCAAAAUGGUGAGAGGGUGAAUCAUGUGAACUUGCCGCCCUGGGCUCGCAACGACCCCCGUCUGUUCAUCCUGAUCCACCGGCAAGCGCUGGAGUCGGACCAGGUCUCCCAGACACUGUGCCAGUGGAUCGACCUGGUGUUUGGGCUCAAGCAGAAAGGCAAAGCAUCCGUCCACGCCAUCAACGUCUUCCACCCAGCUACUUAUUUUGGCAUGGACGUUUCGUCUGUUGAAGACCCAGUGCAGCGACGGGCCCUGGAGACGAUGAUCAAGACAUACGGACAGACACCCAGGCAGCUCUUCAACGCCUCUCACGUCAGCAGGGCGGGCCCUAAACUCUUGAUGGAGGGGGAGCUGCCGGCAGCCAUGGGUCUCCUGGUUCAGCUGGCCUUUAGAGAAACCCGAGAACAGGCCAAGGAAAUAAUCUGCCCGAGCCCACUGCCGUGGAUCAAAGGUCUGAAGUGGGGAGAGUACGUGGGUUCGCCCUCCGCUCCAGACCCAGUGGUGUGUUUCAGCCAGCCGCACGGGGAGAGGUUCGGAUCCCUGCUGGCUCUGCCAACGCGAGCCAUCUGCGGGCUGUCCCGCAAGUUCUGCCUCAUGAUGAUUUACAGCAAGGAGCAGGGCGUUCGGAGCAUGCACAGCACAGACAUCCAGUGGUCGGCCAUCUUGAGCUGGGGCUACGCAGACAACAUAUUGAGGCUGAAGAGCAAGCAGAGCGAACCACCUAUCAACUUCAUUCAGUGUUCACAACUUCACCAGGUGACCAGCUGCGCCUGGGUGCCCGAUGACUGCCAGCUAUUUACAGGCAGCAAGUGUGGAGUCAUCACCGCCUACAGCAACCGCUUCACCAACACCACGCCCUCAGAGAUGGAGGUGGAAGCUCAGGUUCACCUGUACGGACACACAGGGGAAGUCACCAGCCUGUUUGUCUGCAAACCCUACAGCAUCCUCAUCAGUGUCAGCAGAGACGGCACCUGCAUCCUCUGGGACCUCAACAGGCUCUGUUAUGUACAAAGCCUCACUGGCCACAAAAGCCCGGUGACUGCCGUGUCCGCCAGCGAGACCACGGGUGACAUCGCAACAGUGUGCGACUCAGUGGGCGGAGGCAGCGACCUGCGUCUGUGGACGGUGAACGGCGACCUCAUCGGUCACGUCCACUGCAGAGAGAUCAUCUGCUCCGUGGCCUUCUCCAACCAGCCGGAGGGCGUGUCUGUCAACGUCAUCGCCGGUGGGCUGGAGAACGGCGUCGUCAGGUUGUGGAGCACCUGGGAUUUAAAACCAGUGAGAGAGAUCACCUUUUCCAAGUCGAGCAAACCCGUCAUCAGCCUCACGUACUCGUGCGACGGCCACCACCUCUACACAGCCAACAGCGAGGGCACAGUGAUGGCUUGGUGUCGGCGGGACCAGCAGCGCAUGAAGCUGCCCAUGUUCUACUCCUUCCUGAGCAGCUACGCCGCGGGCUGACUGUGUGUCUGACGUUUACUGACUUCUCAGCAAGAGGAGCCUCCCCCUCUUCCUCUUCCUCCUCCUCCUCCUCCUCCUCCUCCUCCUCUCUGCACUGAUGGGGAGGAGGACGUGUCAGCAUGGCUUCAACCUCCCUGAACCCUCCCGAACUUUUAACUAAAGCCAUCCUGCAGCUGCUCCCAGCAUCAAGAAAUUAUUAUAAAAAUAGUAUUAUAUGUAUAUAAAUAUAUAUUUAUAAACAUACUGAAGUGGAAUGUUGGUGAUGAAUAUGUGGCUGCAACAGACACUUUAUACAAAAUGCAUUUCUGAGAGUGUGUUUGGUUUGUUAAAUCUUUCAUUAUUUUUGUUUCUGUUGAGUUUUUGUUGUUGUGCAGAGAUCCUUGCCUGAUGUUGAUUUUGCAGUUUCCCUGGUAAGCUGCUAUAUCGUCUGGCCAAAGCCGGACCCAAAGUAUGAAGACCCCCGCCUCUCACCUCGGUGGCGCUCGCAUCUCCCGCAGCGCGUCGGCUCACAGAUUGCUGCCAGAGCUCGGCCAGCGUGUCCUGCUGACGCUGCAGCAGCGAGGAGUCUGUCACCGGGAGACGUCCCGCUCUGUGGGAGAGAGACGCCGCUCUGCUGGGCUGUCUGCUCCACUCAAGUCUGAACACUAGUGUCACAGCCCUGCAUCACUUUGUAUCUGAGCUCUCCGGAGGAACGGGGGGGACGUUGGGAUGAAUUGUUCCUUGUGUUGCCUGUUGUUCUGUCCUACUUGUGCAUGCUACAAUGAUGCGGACCUUGACUGUUUGUAUGUGGAUGUGACAUUUACUGUCAGGAUGCUCCUGUAUGAAGGCCUGCCUUGGUUGAACCUGUCCUGUUGCAUUGAGGAAUGUUGAUAUUCAUUUAUUUAUUAGAAGCACCACGGAGGCUUGUCUUUCCUUCUUUUCUUAUUCCUAUGUUUUACUGGCUUAAACUGCUGCUUUAAAUGCACUAAGAACCUUUUCACUACUUAAUAUAGUUUGCUGAAAUUCUGAGAAAGCUAUUAAUAAACAGCAUUAGACGCCUGAAGGUGGAGAAGAAGCCGAGAGGAAUCUCCUGAAUGCCCCCAUCGCUGAUCUACAAGGCAGGCUUAGUAGCUGUGCAGCAUUACAAAACGGGUGUAGAGGGCGUGGUGGAGAGAAUCAUGUGCAGCAUACUGAGGUUAGAGCAGUUAGCGUUUCCUGCUCUGAUGAAGUUCACAGCUUAUUUCAGAUAACACUACACUGAUCAGUCCGGGGAAACAAUCCACCCAACGUUUCUUUCCUUAGCCCACCCAUGGAUCCAUGCAGCUAUUCUUUACAUUCCCAUUUAACCUACAGCACUUUCAGAGUCUGUUAGUAUGUGUGAAAUGGUGGUCAAAGCCCUUUUUUUUUAUCAGCUACCAUUUAAUUCAAGGACAUGAAAUGAGCUUUGAUUUAAUUCCACUUACAAAUCUCAUCCAGAAAGCAAUAUCAGACAUGCAAUAGGUCAUUUGUGUCAUGUUCCAUACGAAGUUUGUUUUAACGCAGCUGUGAAAAAGAAGUUGUUUUGCCUUUUGUGUCGGCCGCAGAGAGCCUCCUGUGAUGAAAAAUGAUGUCUUAACUUUCACACUCUGUUUGACUUGUUUACAAGAAAGGGAAUAUUUCUUCUUAUAUCAUGACGUCAUUCCUUGUGUGGUGUUUUUGUUUUUUCCUUCUCAGCCCACCUGGACCCUUGUGUGCAGCAUCAGGCUUGUACAAGAGCUGAAGUCACUGUGUUUGUUUACUGUUUUUCAUGCUAGUAAAUGUAUCAAAGUGUGUGUCAAUGAGAAUCUCAACCUUUUCUUUUCUCUCAAACAUCCACACGUGAGAUUGUAUGAAUGUUUUUCCCCCCUUUUGUGAGAAAAAGACGAGGAAAACGGGAUAAUUGCCGAUGCUUUCUGACACAGAAGGAAAUACAAUGUUUGUGUUAAUAACUUAAGCUAUGCAUAAUUUAGGAUCAUUGUCUUGAGUUGCUUAAAUUGUGUCAUUUAUUUGACGUCUGUGCUGGUUUUGCAGUUUGGCAUCAUGAAUUGAGGUUCUGAAAGGACUUGUUUUGUGUUUCUUUUUGUAUGUACAUAUGUACGCGUGUGUAUGUAUGGACAAACCACGUGACGAGUAUAUUAUAAAUAUAUAAAUAUUUGAAGAAAUAUGA